CAAAUUCACUCAUUCGUUAACUUCGGUUCACACCGAAGUUUGUAAAUGGGAUUACAAUAAUGAUUAGGCUUUACCAAAACCUUGAAGAGUGUUAAAACAAAGUUAAAUUAAAUUAUAAUUUUAAAACUGUUUCAAUAAAAAGUCUUAAAAAAAAUAUGAACGAACUUAGUGAUCAGAAAAAAUCAGCAGUUGAUUCCGAUUUUGCAUCUUUUUCUCCAAUAAUUCAUGAGCAAGAGGAUAUUACAGAUAAAUCUGAUGUCGAAAUAAUAGAAAAAAAUAAUGUUAAAGAAAUAAUUCAUGAAAAUAACGUUUUAAAGGAUGUUUUUAGUGAACCAAUUACCGAUAAAGAUAAUCCUUUCAAAGCUUCACCAGCAGAAAAUAUAAACCUUGCAGAUACAGUUCUCAAAUCUAAAAUUAAUAUAGAAUUAGAGGCUAAUAUCAGUAAGAAAAAAUCUUGUGAUGUAGAAGAAGAUACUACUCUUAAACAAAAUGAUAGUGGUACUUUACUUUCACAAGGUGGGGAGUUUUCUGCCGAAGAAAAUGAACUUAAUGCUAGUUUGAUUGAUUCUUCAUUAAAAGAGCUUCAAACAACUUCUGAUAUAAGAUUUUUUAUAUGCGGUUCAUGCAAAAAUAAUCCUAUACUUAUAGGUUCUGUCCCUAAGUUGUUGCCAUGUCUUCAUUCUUUUUGUGAAAAGUGUUUGCAAGAUCGUUAUGAUAAACAAAAGCGACUUGCUGGAUGUAAUAAUGUUGUGCCGAGAAUGAAAUGCCCAUCUUGUGGGCAGGAAUUCCUUGUUACAGGUACAGACAAGCCAACAUCAGGUUUUCUGAAUAAUCAGUUUGUUAUUGAGUCAACUCAAAGUCAAGGCAAUUCUGAAGCUGAAAAUCAUCAAUGUACCUCGUGUGAUGAUAGAAGUCCUGCUGGUUCUUAUUGUAUGAAUUGUAAUGAAUGGUUAUGUAAAGUUUGUGUGACUGCUCAUCAACGAGUAAAAGUUACAAAAGAUCAUAUUAUUCAAUCUCAAUCUAGUUCUGAACAUUCUCCAGUUGGAACAUCAAAUCCACAAACUAAAGAAAAACCUUUGUUUUGUAAAGUACACCCUCAUGAACAAUUGCGUUUAUUUUGUGCAAAUUGUGAUAAACUUACAUGUCGAGAUUGUCAGUUAGUUGAACAUAAAGACCACAGGUAUCAGUUCAUUGAAGAAGCAGCAUCUAAACAUAGAGAAAUUUUAAGGAAAUUAUUACAAUAUUUACAAAUUAAUCUAGGAUUUUUAAAAGAAACAAUACAAGAAGUUGAAAAAGUAAGUACCGGUCUAGCAGAACAAGAAGCAACAGUUGAAGCUCAAGUAAAUAAAUCAUUUGAUGCUAUGGUAAGUGCAAUAAGAUCUAGACAGGAGAGUCUCAUAAAAGAGCUUAAAGUUAUAGUUUCAAGUAAGCAAGCGCUACUUACUAAACAGAAGAAAGAUUUGACACAGAUGAGAAUAAUUCUAGAGCAUAAUCAUGACUUUGCUGAGUUUGCUGUCAAAGGGGGAAGUAAUGUGGCACUGUUAUAUAGUAGAAAGGUUUUAGGUACGCGAUUGCAUAACUUAAAUAGUUUAAAAUAUCGUCAAAGGCCAUUAGCUUUUACAGAUUUAAAGUUUAGCAUGGAUGUUGAAAAAUUGUGCUCAUAUUUUAACAAAAUUGGUAAUGUUUAUUCACAAGAUGAUAUGCAACGCAAGUUUGAUCACUUUAAUACAAAAGCUACAAAUUUUUCCUCGCCACUUAGUAUUUCUUCAUCUUCUCGCUCCUACAAUAAGAAUAAUCCUAUUGAAUCAAUAGCAGCCAUUAAUAAACGCAUUUCAGACACUACUUGUAAUAAUACGACUUCUUAUAUAAACUUAUCAAAACAAGGUUCUCUUAAUUUACCUGGACACCUUGCUUUGCGAAAUAAUACCUCUCCGAGUUCUUUUAAUAUAAAUGCAUACCGCUUACCUUCACAUAAUCAAGAUAUGCUAAUAUUAUCUUCUUCACAACAAAACCAAGGAAUGCAUUCCAAUCAAAAUAACAUUAAUUACAAGAAUGUGAAUGAUACUAACAGAUAUAAUCGAAAUGUACCACUUUCUCAUUUAACUCCCACUUAUGAUAUCAAUUGUUUAAACAAUUAUAAUAGUCGCUCAAAUCAUCUUUUAAUUAACAAUUAUUCUAAAUCAAAUCCUACCAUUUCUCCCAGAGGAGAUGCCAAUAUUUAUUUUCCUGGAGCAAGUGAAAAAGGUAACAAUAUCGAAUACAUUCAAAAAAUGGUAGACUCGUCAAUAACUCACUCAUCUCCAAAGUCUAUUCAGCAAGAUAUUAUGAGAAAUCUAUCUGGUGAUCAUAUAAACUUGUCUGGUAGGUUAUCUGUUGGAGACCAUUCAUCUCAAAAAUCAUGUCAACAAACAUCAGUAAAUACACAAUCGCAACAGGGUACAUCCAAUGAAACAACAAAAAAUAUUGAACCAAGUGUCAGUGAUAAAUCAGUAACAAAUCAUCACACUCCUAUUGUCAAUGUUAAAGAGGAGCGGAAAUCACCUGAAAAUAAUUUAACAGCGGCAAGUUUCUCUGAAAAUGGGAUUAACCAAGAAGAAUAUCAAUGUGAAAGUGGAUUUGAUGAAAGUCAAAACAAUGAAGACUAUUGUGGUGUAUGUAGAAAUGGUGGUCAAUUGCUAUGUUGUGAUACAUGCCCAAAGGUUUAUCAUUUGCAAUGCCACAUUCCUGUUUUGAAUGAUCUUCCAAGGGACUCAUGGAGCUGUGGUCUAUGUGUUGAGCUUGAACCAGCCCCCACAGCUUCUAUUGGAACCCGAAGAAAGUCAUUAGAGCUUACUGAAAGGGAUGUGAAGAUUUGCCAGAAAAUUCUUUUAAAGUUGUUCAUUCAUGCAGACAGCCUACCUUUUCAUCAUAAAGUCAGCAAAGCUCAAGCUCCUGACUAUUACAAAGUUAUUAAUAAACCGAUGGAUUUGCACACUGUACUUACAAAAUUAAAUCCUCAACAUUUUCAACAUUACAAAAGUUUAGAAGAAUUUAUUUCUGAUAUUCGAUUGAUUUUUGCUAACUGCUACAUUUAUAAUUUGCGUGAAACUGAAAUUUGGAAGAUGGGUCGUAAGCUUGAGCAACAUUUCAAUGCAAUUGUUCGCAGACUUGUUCCUAAUAUGAGUCAAUACCCUUUAGAAAACACUGAGCCAUCUGCUAAACGAAGAAGAGACAGCGAAGUUCCUAAAAGUUAAAUACGACAAAUUUUAAUCUAAUCUGACUAAGGAAUCCUCUUGAACAACUCGGUAAUCAAUAGCCACAUUCAAUAGUACGAAGCAGUUUUAUCCUUUGGUUUACUGUAUGUCAUCUUCAAAAAUUUAUCCUUGAGUUUUAAAUAUGAUCAUCAUGCGCAAUCUUUUUAUGGUUAUUAACUCUACAAAUGUUAGCUUUAUAUGAGUCAUUUACAUUUUUCAUAUUUGAUACCUUAAUUACUGAUUCAUUUACAUGAUCAUCGUUAUAUAUAAAUGUUUUGAAUAAAGUGUUAUUAUAUA